AGGCGACGCCGGAGGGAGGUUAAAACUGAAAGGACAGCAAGGGCUCCGCAGCGCCGGGUGGGAGGAGCGAGCGGCAGAGCUGGCCCUGGGCAGGAUGGACGCUCCCGCCGUCUUCACCGACGCUGACUUUUACCAGCAGAGUUUCGACCCUCGGGAGUAUCUGAAAGAAUUUUACGGCUUGAGCGACAGCCAGGGACGGGCAAACACCUUCCUGAUGCAAAACCUCCGGAGCCUGGUUAAAAUGUUCUCCUUGGACGGGCUGAGGGGCGAUACCCUGAUAGACAUCGGCUGCGGCCCCACCAUCUACCAGCUGCUGUCCGCCUGCGAGCGCUUCCAGCAGAUCAUCGCCUUGGACUACAUGGACCAGAACCGCCGGGAGCUGCAGAAGUGGCUGGGGAACGAAGCGGGAGCCUUCGACUGGAGGGCGGUGGUGAAAUACGUUUGUGAGCUGGAAGGGGACAGGGAGAAGUGGGCGGAGAAAGAGGAAAAGCUGAGAGGGAAGGUGAAGCAGGUUCUGAAGUGCGACGUGACCAAAGCCAACCCCACGGACCCCGUGUCCCUGCCUCCCGCCGACUGCCUCCUCUCCACCCUCUGCUUGGAGGCCGCCUGCAAGGACCUGGCCACCUUCCGCAGCGCCCUGAGAAACAUCGCGGCCCUCCUGAAGCCGGGGGGGCACCUGGUGAUGCUGACCGUCCUCCGGGAAACCUACUACGCCUUCAACAAGCAGGUCUUCUCGUGCCUCCACCUGGAGAGGAACGCGGUGGUGGAGGCUGUGGAGGCGGCUGGCUUCGAUGUGAAGUUCAGCGAGGUGCAGCCGUACGAGCCCGGCGACGUCCGCACGGACUGCGAAGGUGUGCUGAGCCUCGUGGCGUGCAAGCGUGCCUCCAUCACCGGGUAGCGCGCGGGCCCUGGGGAGGAAAACAGCAGUGUGGUUUCAAAAAGCCCCGCCGAUGUCACCCGCGGCCACUUACCCCUUUCUCUGAAAGCAAAUACACACAUGAGUGCCUGA